CAUUCAGCUGCUGAAAGCAAUCUAGAACAUCCACCAAAAUGCGCGCCAUCUUCGUUCUUCUCAUCGUGGCGGUCAUCGCCUUCCUGGGAGUUUCCGCCCAAGGAAACAAAUGCGCCGAUAACGAAGAGUACCAGCGUUGCGGAACCGGUUGCGAACGCACUUGCACCAACGGCGAGUCUUGGGAAAAACCAUGCACAGCCCCCUGCGCCGACAAAUGCUUCUGCCAGAGCGGUUUCUUGCGUGAUAGUAACGGAAAAUGUGUUCGCCCGUGGCGUUGCGCUCCCACUGCAUCCGAUUAAUGGGCAACACGCUGGAAUAGUAUGAAUUCGCCAAUCUUGACGACCAUGCGGUUGUUUGCUUUCGUCAACUUUCGGCAAACAAGCGAUAGCUCUUCUUGUAUCUGGCUAAAUAAAACCUAAUUAGG